UUGUCUAAGUGGACGUGUUCGACGGAGCACGGAUCCCUCCCAGCAAGGUUUUGGUCUGGGAAUUUCAAUUUGAGGUAGUGCGCGAGGAUCUGUGGAGGCAAAUUGCUACCGGAAAAUACGGGACGCACAGCGUUUUUAGAAGGAAGAAAAAAGGAAGGUGUCCAUUUACAGCAGGCCGACAGUUUACAUGAAUUUAGACUUACGGAGUUCGGAGACUCAGAGGCACAACACGUCCUAGUCUGCGUUACAGAGAAGUGUACAUUCCCAAAUUUGGCGACCUUUGGCAUGCCAUAGUGGACGUGAACAGAAGAAGUUCUGAAGGACGUCACAUGAAUAGCUAUAAACUGUCACAAUGACAACUGAAGUGGGCUCUGAGACUGAGGUAAAAAAGGAACCUGAACAGGCAGAAGAACAGCCCCAAACACAAGCUGAAACAGAGCAACAACCAGAACAGCAGCUAGUAGACGGAAAACAGGAACAGUCUGCACAUUCCACAGACCUCAAGCAAGCUGAGGAAGAACAGAACACACAGGAGUCUCCUAGUACACAGCAGAAAGAUACCACUGCAGCCUCAGAGCAAGUCAGUCCAGCUCCACAGGAAGGGAGAGCUGGGGUGGAAAAAAGAGAGGAGCAACCUGGCUCAAAAGGUAUUGCAAGAUUUCUUCCUCCGUGGCUAAAAAAACAGAAAUCACAGAGUCAUGUGGAGCAAAAGAAGAGUCAAAUGAAAGAAGGAGAGACAACUGAAAACCAAAUUCAGGAGAAGGAAGAAAAAUCUCCUACUCAAUCUCCAUCUAAACAGCAGUCUAUUGAGAAGGAGGGAGAAGAGGCAAGAAAGGAUACAUCAGUGGAAGAGAAAGAAGAGAAUCUCAUUCAGGACCACCAACAAUCCAAACAAGAGGAGACCAAGGUAGAUGAGAAAGAGGAAGAGAAGCUUUCAAUAAGCAGUGCAGAGACACAGCCUGCUAAAGAGGAUCAAAAAGAAGACGUUGUGGAAAAAGAUUCAGAUGUAAAGGUGGAAGACAAAAAAGAAGAGGAUACAAUUCAGAACACUGAGGUGAAAACUGACAGAUCUAUCCAAAAAGUCCCCAAGAAGAUGAAGACAUUUGUAUGCAAAGUAACAUUGCUAGAUGGAACCGAGUAUCCUUGCGAAGUGGAGAAAAGAGCAAAGGGCCAAGUCUUAUUUGCCAAAAUAUGUGAGCAUCUCAAUCUUUUGGAGAAGGACUAUUUUGGAUUGACUUACAGAGACAAUGCUGAUCAGAAGAACUGGCUGGAUCCUGCAAAAGAAAUCAAGAGACAGAUUCGAAGUUUGCCUUGGCAGUUUGCCUUUAAUGUAAAAUUUUACCCUCCAGAUCCAUCUCAGCUGACUGAAGACAUAACAAGAUACUUCCUGUGCCUGCAGCUCCGUCAGGAUAUUGCAGUGGGCCGUUUGCCCUGUUCUUUUGUUACUCACGCUCUUCUAGGCUCAUAUACUCUGCAAGCUGAGUUGGGGGAUUAUGAUUCUGAAGAGCACAGGCAUGACUACAUCAGUGAAUUCCAGUUUGCACCAACACAGACCAAGGAGUUGGAGGACAAAGUAGUGGAACUGCACAAAACACACAGGGGACUAACACCAGCUCAAGCUGAAGCUUUGUUCUUAGAAAAUGCUAAGAAACUUUCAAUGUAUGGAGUUGACCUACAUCAUGCCAAGGACUCUGAAGGUGUAGAUAUCAUGCUGGGGGUAUGUGCCAAUGGACUUUUGAUUUACAAAGACAGGCUAAGAAUAAAUCGUUUUGCUUGGCCAAAAAUCCUGAAGAUUUCUUAUAAGAGAAGCAACUUUUAUAUUAAAAUUAGACCUGGAGAGACUGAGCAAUUUGAAAGCACCAUAGGGUUUAAACUUCCAAACCAUCGGUCUGCCAAAAGAUUAUGGAAGGUCUGUGUGGAACAUCAUACUUUCUUUAGGUUGGUUUCCCCUGAGCAGCCCCCAAAAGCCAAGUUUCUUACACUGGGGUCCAAGUUCCGCUAUAGUGGUCGGACUCAAGCUCAGACAAGACAAGCAAGCACAUUGAUUGACAGGCCAGCUCCGUUUUUUGAACGAACAUCCAGUAAACGGUUGUCAAGGAGUCUUGAUGGAGUACACCACUUCACCUUUCCACGUUCGAAGUCUGAAGGUACUGGAACAAAGGAACUUAAGCAGCUGCAAGCUCCUGCAGUAAGUGCCACUGAGCAGAUUCUCCAGCAAGACUUCUCAGCCCCUGCUGUCUCUGAUUUGGAAGUUGGUUUCAAAGAUAAAGAAGAUGGAAAGGAACCAGGAUCACCAUAUAAACCCACACUUUCACCAGAGUCAAAGUCACAUUGCAUAUGUCCCCUGUCACCUGCUUGCUCCAUGUCAUCCCAAUUCCAUCUCCUGGAAACUGUACUAGAGUUGGAUGUCUUUUCUGACAUUUCAGAGGAUGAUCCAUUGACCACUGAUGACCUAGAUGAAGACUAUUCUGACAAUUUGUCCAAUACUGGCCAAAUAUCUCUUCAAGCAAAUGCACAAUUAGAGCAUGAAAACCUCAUUAGCAGUUUUCAAAAAACCUUCACCACUCACCUCCCAACUCCAGUCACAAAACCUUGUUUUGAUGUCACUGAGGAAGCCUUUAGCCCAGUGCAGAUAAAAUCUGAAUUAUACUUUUCAUUUCUGAGUUUUUGUAAAUGUUUUAAGUUUCCAUCUUUGCUUGAUGAAGAUGGCUAUAUCUGUUUUCCCAGUCUGCCACACGACUGUGCCUCAUUUUUGCCCUCUGGCCUUCGGCGUUAUAUCCCUAUCUCCUCACCCUCUCUCAUUCCAUCUUUCUUCCUCAUUUUCGCUCUGCUUCUGUCUGCUUCUCAAUCUGUUCCCUUCUCCCUGACUUUGUCCCUUCCUCUUGCGCUGUCUCUCUGCUACCUGGAGCCCAAGUCAACCUUACUGUGUGCCUCUUGUGACUUUGACCUGAUGGACAAACCACAGGCAGAGGAGGUGGAGAACAAGAACAAUGAUGAUCCACAGACUGCAAGCAAUGAGAAGGAAGCAGCUGAGAUUGAAAAUGAAGACAAAGAAACAGAGGAGCAGAAGGACCUGGAUAAGACCCAGGAAGAUGUUUUGAAACAUCAGGCUAGUAUUAGUGAAUUAAAACGAAAUUUUAUGGAAUCUUCUCCUGAACCUCGCCCAAAUCAGUGGGAAAAGCGUCUCACUGGGACUUUGUCAGCGCAGACACAAGGGAAAGCGCCAAGCAGAACAGAAGAAGUGCACCCAGAUGGCAGAGACCUUGCAGAGAGCACAGAAAAGCUGAAAUCAGAGAUGGGCAGGGAGCAGGAGAUUGACACGCAAGAGACAAUGGCCAAUGAAGAAACAACAAAAAUGUUCACAGUUUCACAGCGCAGUGAAAGCCCUUCAGUGGCUGCCAAGCCUGCAGAGGGGGGAGAAAUGAAAACACAGCUCAGAGAGAAGAAAGAGGAAACCAUAGUUGUAAGAGACGUUAGCACAUCUUCAGAUAGCGAGAGUGAGGAAGAGGCUGAAUAUAGGCCUCAGGUGGCAAGAAAAGAUGUGGAUCAAAUAAAAGAGGAACCGGAAGAGAAUGAACAUCUUCCUGUGAGGAGCCUGGCUUCAACUGUGCAUGUAGAAGUUAAAGUACCUGUGGAAGAGAAGAAAGAACUAGAGGAAAAAAUUGAGAAAGGUGGAAUGCUAGGCGAGGAAGUAUACUGUACCACAGCAGAAGAGAGAGAAGAGCCCAAAGUAAAUGGAGAUGUGUCUCACAUAGAUACUGACAUUGUCACCCAGGUUAUUUGUUGCUCUGAGCCUCCAGUGGUCAAAACUGAGAUGGUGACCAUCUCUGAUGCCUUUGCUUCCCAGAAGUCUGAAAUUUCAACUAAGGAAGUUCCCAUUGUGCACACAGAGACAAAAACUAUUACAUAUGAAGCUGCCGAGGUUGAUGGAACUGGAGAUUCUGAGCCAGGGGUCCUGAUGACGGCACAGACCAUCACUUCAGAAUCAGUCUGCACUACAACUACUACUCAGAUUACAAAGACUGUGAAAGGUGGAGUUUCUGAAACAAGGAUUGAGAAACGCAUUGUGAUAACAGGAGAUGCAGAUAUUGAUCACGAUCAGGCCUUGGCCCAAGCAAUAAAGGAAGCCAAAGAACAGCACCCUGACAUGUCAGUGACCAGGGUGGUGGUGCAUAAAGAAACAGAACUCACAGAGGAGGGGGACGAUUAAGUUCAAGAAAUGAAUCUAAGAGACUAUGAAGCACAUCCUAAACUAAGCAGCUGUAACCAUCUUCAUUCUGAAGCUACUGGAAGAGGUCCUGAAGAGCUCCGUGAAGUCUGAAGUCGGUAGAUUUGUUUGAUUACCUGGUCUCACUUUUAUACUUGUUUAUAAGAAAACCACUUUAACAUUCCUAGCUUUUUUUUGUGCUGUUGCAAAAGUGUUUACCACUAUUAUUUCACAAAAAGAAGUUAUCUCUUUUUAAUUAUUUUGAUUAUUAUUUCCAAUUACUUUGGACCAUUUUCCAUUUUUGUACAGAUUGAUAUUAGUUACAGCAUAUUAAUAAGGAUUAAAAAAGAAUGGUUUUGUAAAGGUUUAGUAAAAGUUAUAUGUUUAGAUUGAAAUUGGAUGCCAUUUCUUUUGCAUACUUGUGUAUUAGACAAUUUUUAAAAUGUUUCAAUAUUUUAACUACUUUUUAAUGCAGCCUGGUUUGGACGAAGCACUGUGUCAAUUUCAUUUUUUUUGUUUGUAGUACAGUGCCAACAGUUCUUUCUUAUUUAGUCAAGGUAACCAUCCUGUGUUGGGGAGAUGGAGAUUAUCUACCUCCAACUUAAAUCUUCUACAAUUUAAGCAGCUUACAAAUAUGCUUUUUUCAUACUUUCUAGCUCCACUAAUUGAAAUACUUUUGCUACUUGUAAAAACACUUUGUCUUAAUGUGUAAACUGAUUAGCAUUUCCUUGGUGCAUUUUCUUGCUAGAAUUGUGCCUACAUACUUUUUUGACAAUAAAGCAAAGUUUUAAGGAAAGAAGAAGGCAGAUUCUUUUGACUUAGUUCUUCCUGACAUAUGAAAUAUCUUUCUGAAUCUCCAUAAGUAAGUUGAUUCCUUUUACCUCCAAGUGUAUAGUAAAAAAUGAAACUUAGAUUUUUAGCCACUUAUAAUAUGUGUUUCCUCCCAGUAACACUUAAAAUAAAACUUUAUUCUCUGA